GAGCUUAACGUAACAUUUUGUUUUGAUUGUAUUUCACAAUCAGUAAUUACCUAUCUGUAUUGCUUAUAAAAUAUUCCUACAGUGAACUCCAGAACAUUUUUAGGACACAGCAAAAACAACUUGCAAAAAAUUGUUUAAAUCUCACAAUAAUGUAUGUAUAUUACAAUCAAUUAUUGUUAAUUAAAAAUCGAAAUGAUUUUUCUUUUUAAAUUGUGUAAUAACAAUGUAAUUUUGUAUAUUUAACAACAAAGUGGUGCUGAAAACUUUUAAUUUUCAUUAUAUACAAAAAGAUUUUCAUCUUUGCGGAGGAAGACAAUACUUUUUUGUUAUUAAAAUUAAAGGUAGGUAAAUUCCAAGGAUCCGCCAAAGCAAACAGCUGAUGCAAGUGAAUGUAUUAUUUUUUGAAAAAGAAAUUGAAAGGUGAGAAAGGAUAAUCCAGGUGCUGCUGUUGCUGCUGCCACUGCCGCUGCCGUUAGUAUUUAAGGAGAAUUACGCGAGUACUCCAGCGCUUCAUUUAAGAUGUCUUCAGAUGAAAAUUUUGCGGUUGCAGAAGAUGCAGACAAUCAAAAUUUCUUUAUCAAACAUAAUAAAGCUUAUACAGAAGACAAUGUUCUCAUUUACAAUAUAUUUGUAUACAGCAUACCAAAACAGUUGACAGAAAAGAAUGUACGCGAUUAUUUCUCAGAUUUCGGUAAUGUGCUUGAUGUAAAACUUGUCGCAGACAAAAAAAGGAAUCGGCGUGCAGCGCUUAAAGUGGGGUUUGUGAACUUUUCUGAACCGGAAAGUGCCUGCUGCGCGCUCAAGAAUAAUCAGCGCUUGCAUGGUUUGCGUAUCGGUGUUAAGGCAGGUGAUAGCUGGAAUCAGCCCAAUGCAGAAAAAGCAUGUAGUGUCAAGGUACGCAAUACCUGGAUUCAGCCUAGUUUUGUAUCAUUACCGACAGAGGGCAUAAAUAUUCUUUCGUUGAAUGAUGAUUGCUUAGAAAUAAUUUUCGGUUUGUUGGAGUUAAAAGAUCAAGUACGUUUUGCACGUGUUUGCAAGCGCUUCCAGUAUGUUUUCCAAAUAUAUUGCAAACGCGAAUACAAAAACUUCGAUCUGGAUAAAAUGUCUGGCAUGACGUUAUGGGAGAUACGUGAUUUCUUUCGUUUUGCUGGCGGAAAUAUUGAAAGCAUAUUAGGCGUGGUUCCGUAUAAAAGUCGUGAGCGAAUUAUUGAAUUUAUCAGAACAUUUUGCACUGAGCUAAAAAUUAUUAAACUGGAUGAAAGUAAAAUGCGUGCAGAAUGUCUGAAGAAGCUAUUGCACCGUUUUCCACUUUUGCACGCAUUGACGCUACGUGACUGUUAUUUAAGUGACAGCUCCAUACAUACCAUGACACAUUUAAAACAUUUAGAAACUCUCGAACUGACGGAAAAUUAUGAGUUGACAGGUAAAUUCAUAAACAAAUUGGUACAGCUGAAGACACUAAACUUAUACGGUUGUUGUAAUAUACAAACUACACAUUUGAUUAAUAUUUGCGAAUCACUGCCAAACUUGAAAUCUCUGGACAUUCGCCGUUGUGAACGGCUAUCGCCCACAAUUUUCCACGUUAUGAUUAAACAUUGCAAAGAAUUGGAAAUUCUAAAACUGUCGUGCACGGAAUUCCCGUAUGAGCGUGUCGCAUUAUUGCCACGACUAAAAAAACUGGAAUUACUUUAUUACUCCUACUACGGCACAUCACAGAAGAGUCUGUUGGCUGAACUUGUCGCCCACAAAGCUGAUCAAUUGGAGGUUUUAAAAAUUGUUGCCAAAAAUUCACUUAGUACCGAGCAUGUUAAUUUAAUAUCACAGUUGAGACAGUUGAAAGUACUGUUUGUCGCCAACAAUUCGGCAGUGAACGAUGACGCGCUCCACAUAUUUUGUAAAUUGCAACAACUCGAAGAGUUGACAAUCAAAGGCUGCAGCAAUAUAACAAAUCGCGCACUUUUAAGGCUGGUGAAAAGCUGCCAAAAACUACGUCUUUUAAACAUACAGUUUUGCAAAAAAAUAACCAUUGAAUUUCUUAUCGAAACAAUACGUAUUUUAAAAGCUACAGACCAACGCAAAAAACCAUUACUGCUUGUAGUGUAUGGUACAUCAAUGGAUUACUAUAGUGUAUCUGAGUGCGGAGAAUAUAAAGAAGCUGCAGCGCAGGCUUUGGUUAAAGUUAUAUUUCUCGCCUCAAAUCAGGAUCUAGGCUUAGAAGAAGGCGUAGACAUUUAUAAUAUCUUGGAUGGAGACCAUUGGAUUGACGAGGAUGACGAUCCAACGGAUGAUGAUGCUGAUGAUGAUUUUGAUUUUGCGGAUUCGGAUAUGGAUCAAGAUGACAUCAAUUUCGUUUACGAUGUAUUCGGAAUAUAUCCACAUGAUCAUGAUAUCAAUGAUAUUAUUUGGUGAUUUCAUACGUAGAGGAUACUGAGU